UCUAACUGAACAGACGUGUAAAUAAGUAAUUUGUCCAUUCACUCCUUGAACAAAAUGGAAAAUAUGGACUCAGACUUUUAUGAAUCGAAAAAACGACGUCGGAACAGUUUCCGAAAAACAUGGGAUCCUUUUAUGUUAAAAACAAUCAACAAUGAGGAAGAAGUUACGGGGAAAUCUAUUCAGUUUCUUCAGUAUAUAAUCUGCUUUUUAUUUGGUGUUGCUGUACUGGGGUUCGCUUUUCUCAGCAAGUCUAGUCUUCUUUUAUUGGUCAGCAUUUCAAGUGCUAAUUCGCCCUUUGAAAACAAACCUUUUACUCAUCUUAUCUUGGCCUGUGCAUUAGUGGUGCCGAAUGUUUUAGCAUUUACAAAAGCAUUGUGGAAAACAUCAUUUAGAUCAUCCUCUAGUCCACCAAAAGGUGUUCUAGCCAUGGUAUGCUUCAUCGAAGCAAUCAUCGCACUUGCCACUUCAGUUCUGGUGCUGGUCUGCUUGCCUCAGUUUGAUGUCAUUACAAAUCUCUGCAUUUUGAAUGGUGUCUGUCUGUUUCCUUCAUUUCUACAAAUAAUGUAUGAGUUGAAAAAUCUCGGGAUUGCCUUGCUGUUCCCCCUCAUUGGCUUCGGGUUGACUUUUCUAGGCCUCUUGCUUUUUGUUUUGGUCCACAAUUCCCUGCAGCAAUCAGAAACCCCCCAAUUCCUUCAGAUGUACGUAGCCAUAGCAAUAGUUUCCUUAACACUAUUAUCUCUCAAUUGGUGGGAAAACUUUACAUCCUACUUUAAAGUUGGAUUCCUGCAAAAUAUAAGGGAAAGCCUGCGUGGCAAUAGAAAUCUUACGUACGUUUGUAGUAGUGCAGUUAGAAUUCUCGUCACCUUUGGUGUAGUCGCGGCAUGGAUUCCAAUUAAGAAAUAUGACUGGAAAGAUUUGAAAACAGUCUCUCAAUUUGAACUAAAUAUUAUUUUGGGUCUCUUUGGAGUGCAGGCAUGUUCUUCUGUACUUUGCCACUGGUUUGGGGUCCUGGUGUGCAAAAUGCAUGCAGUCAGACGAAGUUUCAUGCUGCCAUCCAUAUUAGCCUUCCCUGUGGUAUUCAUUGCCAUUUUGAUAGUGCUUUAUGAUAGUUCCAACAAGUACAGUGAAGGGCCCACCUCCAACCUCACCCUCUUCUGCAAUGAUUUAAUAACUGUCCAAGAAAUCGAUCCUGUACGAAUCCUCCUUUUAGAAAUCCCUCAGAGCCUUUGCAGAGCACAGGGAUUCUUAAAUACCAGCAGAGUUGGUUUGGCACUUCUUGGCACUUCAGCAAUAUGCUUUUGGCUUGGGCUAUUUUUCUCAACUUACUAUGUGUGGGGCCAGCCCCUUCAAAGGAUUGAAAGGACAUCCCAUCUCUUUGUUCGAUGGCUAUAUGAAGCUGCCUUCAUGGAACAAUCAAUGCUGCUCAACAUACGUGUCCAGAAAAAGCAAAUUGAGGAAAUCAAAAGGAAAUCAGACCAUGUGAUGAUAUAUCUGUGCGCAACAAUGUGGCACGAGACAGUGGAUGAAAUGGAAAAGAUUCUCAAUUCAAUAUUCAGGCUGGAUAAAUACAAACCAUAUACUUUAAAAUCACACAAAGACAAUUUUGACUUUGAAACACAUAUUUACUUUGAUGAUGCAUUUACUUUUGUGGGACCCGAUGAAAAUACGCAGCAGAGAGUUGUGAAUGAAUAUGUGAUGAGCCUUGUUUCGACAAUGGAGGACAUUUACAGGAUAUUUUCACGGGAAAAAUGCACUUCUAAGGAUGAACUGGAAGAUGAUGACAUUAUGAGGCAAACCAUAAUGGAGACACCUUACGGUGGAAGAAUCUGCUACACACUCCCAUACGGAAACACCAUUCAUGUUCAUUUGAAAGACAAACAGAAAAUCCGGCACAAGAAGAGAUGGUCUCAGAUCAUGUACAUGUAUUAUCUGCUGGGAUGGAAGUUAAGUAGGAAGUACACUACCCUGUCAGGAUGUUUUGAAGAUGAAGUAUCGAAUGAAAAUACCUUAAGGAACGAGAAGGAAAACACCUAUAUUCUGGCAUUGGACGGUGACACUGACUUCCAGCCCUCCGCGUUGAUCUUACUGGUGGACAGGCUGAGAAGAUAUCCCCACGUAGGGGCUGCGUGUGGGAGAAUACAUCCUACAGGAGUUGGUCCGAUGGUGUGGUACCAGAAGUUUGAGUAUGCUGUUGGCCACUGGCUCCAGAAGACAGCUGAACACGUGCUGGGCUGCGUGCUGUGCAGUCCAGGUUGUUUCAGCUUGUUCAGGGCGGCGGCCCUGAUGGACGACAAUGUUAUGAAAAAAUACACCACAACCGCAACUGAAGCACAACACUUUGUCCAAUACGAUCAAGGGGAAGACCGUUGGCUCUGCACAUUACUGUUGCAACAGGGGUGGCGAGUGGAGUACAACGCAGCCUCAGAUGCCUACACCAAUGCACCGCAAGAAUUCAAGGAAUUCUACAACCAACGACGUCGCUGGGUACCAUCCACUUUGGCAAACACAAUCGACCUUCUGGACAGUGCAGCGCAAACAUCAAAGAAAAACCCUUCAAUUUCCAAACUCUACAUUCUGUACCAGAUUAUUGGAACAGCCGCCUCAAUCCUGGGUCCUGCCACUGUGAUUUUGAUGAUAGCAGGAUCAUUUACCUUUGUGUUUCAAUGGAAUGGAAAUGUUGCCCUGGCGCUAGGAGUCAUUCCUCCCGCCCUCUAUAUACUCAUUUGUUACAAAGUCAAAUCGGACACACAGAUCAAUAUUGCUGCCGUUCUGAGCAUCUUUUAUGCUUUCCUAAUGAUUGCAACGAUAAUGUCCAUCAUCGGUGAAAUGAUCAGGGAAAAAACCUUUAUUACUCCAACGGGAGUGUUCUUCAUAUCCAUGGUGGUCCUCUUCCUCUCAACAGCAUUGCUGCAUCCCCAGGAAUUCCACCUUGUUCUAUACGGAUUGUUGUACAUCAUUUGCAUUCCGAGCGGAUACUUGCUCUUGCCCAUUUAUUCUAUGGUGAACAUGAAUAACGUUUCAUGGGGCACUCGUGAAAGUGCCACUCCAAAUAAAUCUACCAAGAAGAAACCUGAGCAGAUUAAGCGAUAUGAAAAGAAAUGGAAAUGCAUUUGUUGGGAUGUUGAAUUUGUAAUCAAAGAGGAUAAAAAGGAAGCAAUUCAACAAAAAGACAGUGCAAAUGAUGAAAUGGAAAUAUUGGAACCCAAAGUUGUAGACAACUGGAUUGACAAUUUAAAAGAAAAGUCUCUCUAUAUUGACCUCAUUGAAGAAAAACUUGAUGAAAGGGAAAACCCAUUCUGGACUGAGUUAAUUGAGGUGUAUCUUAAACCAAUUGAUGAAGAUAAAGCAAGACAGCAAGAGAUUGCGAAAAAUCUGAGCACUCUGAGAAACAAGGCCACUUUCCUGUUCUUCAUUAUAAAUAUCCUGUGGCUCGUUUCAACAUUCUUCCUGCAACUCAUCGGUCCUGACAUACACAUCAAGCUACCCAAAAUCCUCUCAAAUGGUUCUUUCUCAAUAAAUGAAAAUCUAACCGUCGAACCCAUCGGUUUCAUGUUCUUGAUAUCCUUUGCUGGAUUGUUGGCAAUUCAAUUCAUCACCAUGUUAUACCACAGGAUUAAUACCCUCAUCCAUUUCAUUGCAUACAAAGGAACUGAAGUGAAACCUCUGCAGAAUGUUGGAAAGUAUAAAAAACAUGAAGAUCUUGAGGUUUGACAUCAUAGAGAAGCCAAAUGAACAGAGCUUGAA